CAGGUACCUCAAAACUCACAGUUGAGGCUGACCUUCAACUCCCUUGAACUGAGCACUGUUAACGAUGACGAGGUCCUCAUAAGGAGAUACCACCAAUGGCAGGAGCCCUACAAGUGAGGACAAUAACACGAUACUGUCUUCAUACACAAAGUCCUGCAUAAGCACUUACGCGCAUUCAUAUACAUAGAUCUACAUAGACAUUCAUUGCCAUGCAUAGACAUACAAUUAAUCAAAUGGAAAUGAACUAACAUUAUAUUUUAAUUGUGGGUAUUAUAUAGAAAUAUUGUUUUACAUCUAUAACUACAUCUACACCAAUAAUCUGUAACCAUUGUAGUGCUGUUGUGUUGUUAUUUUGACAUAGCUAUGAACAAGGAGCUUCCUGUUGAUAAUUUUUACUGUAAUAGUUUUCUUUAAUUCAAGACCUAUAUCUUAUAGACUGGUGAAAAUAUGUGGAUAUUAAAACCAGGAAUACAAUUCCAAGAUUCGAAGAAUUAUCUUUACCUCCAAUUUAAAAUUAUUGAACCAAAAUUUUUUAUUAAAAUGAAUAUAUUAUUUUAAAAAUUGUCGGUAGUGUUUUGAACACAAUUCAAUAUGGUUUGAUUUUAGUUUCAUUUUUUUCAAACUAUUCAUGCAUUCUUCUCCUCUAGGGUAGACGUAAAUAACUAUCCUUACCAGUUGAUAAGUGAGAAAAGUUAUCUUGACGUCGAAAUCUGGACAGGUUAUGAUACAACCACCAAGAAGGGCGUCAAUUUCACCGUUGAUGUUAUUCUUCGUGAGUAUUAAGAACAGGGCAGGGGGUGGCGUCAGAGGUAACAUUGAUCAAAUUUAAGCUUUAAAAAUGUUAUAUAUUCUGUUGCACUGAGUAGCUUUAAUGCUAAAUGCGAAAUAGGAUGGGGCUGUGGAAAUAAUUAAGCGUAAGGACAAAUAAAAGUUCGGCAAGUUUAAACAAAAAUAAUCUCUACUCCAGUAGUAAAGUCAAACAGAAAUAAUCUCCGCUCUCAUUUUUUUUUUUUUCAUUUUAAAUUAAAACUGAAAUAAUUUUACUCUUAAUUAUUCUCUAUUUCUUCUAAUAUUAAGAAAUGUCUUACCCUUCGCGAAUGCUUCACAAAAGCACUUUUGAUCUUAAACUUUUCAGCUGAAGAUCUGUGUUACAACGCUUCAUCCAAUGGGGCCGACUACAUUGGCAGUGCAUCAAUCAGCGAGACGUAUGAGCCUUGCCUACCCUGGUCUAAGGCCGUCGACUGCGCGGAUUUCCCAUCGUGAGUGGAGUUUAAAUAUGUUUGACUUAACUCCUGGAUUAGAUAUUAUUUAUUUUUUACCUACCUACUGGAGUAGAGAUUAUUUCUGUUUCACUUAACUGUUGGAGCAGAGAUUAUUUUUGUUUGAACAUCGCGAACUUUUGUUGGUAGUUAUGGCAGCCAAAAGUAACUUAAAAAAAACAAAACUGUUGCAGCAAAUAAUUGCUCAGAGCUAUUGCUGCUAAUAACAGCUUUAAACAAAUUCGGUAUAUAAUAGCUUGAAACACAAUCGCUCAACAAUCAUGCGUGCCUAAAUCUCCCCAGGGCUGAUGCGGAAUGGCUGAUCUCGUCCAGCAACUACUGUAGAAAUCCACCGAGCAGGCCGCUGUCACAGCCUUUUUGCUACACUUUAAUUAACGGAACAAAUUGUGAAAAAAAAUACUGUGACGUGUGCAACCUCAGUGAGUACAGCACCAAUGUCUGAUUCAUUGACUACAUUUUUAAUGUGCCUUCGUUUAAUUAUUCCAAAAUUUUGGAAAAAAAAAAAAAAAAAAAAAAAAAAAACAAAUGUCGAUGUCCUUUGCAUUAAAAAGCAUUUUUAUCAUUGGGUAUAAAAAUUAUGAAUAUGAAUUUGUAAGGUCGCUUUAUAAAUCAAUGUAAAAAAAAAAUCUGCGGUAAAAAAACAGGGAAAUACAUUAGCCAAAAAACUUGAGGACUGUUCUGAUUUAUAACUGACUUUCUGAGACUAAAGCUAAGCAUGAUAUUUAUAAUAAAUAUUUCGAUGUAAAUUAUAUAUUAAAAAAUGGCACCAAGACAAUUAUUGGCUGUUUUCUCAAUACUCAUCAGAGACACCCAUUGACGUCAUCAAGAAAUGUGCUGCCCUGAUAGCCGCGGACCCAACCUUCUGUGCCACUAGCGUUCAGCGAUUCGGUUGCUUUGUGUCGUGCAACUACACUCAGCCCUCUACCAGCCGAGGUAUCACCAACACCAAACAUAUCGUGUAUAUUAAGUAACAGGGUCACCUUUAGUAAACUUGCAGGGUCCUAUACCUAAUCGUUUGAUUACAAAAAUCCUAAAUUAUGGCUUCCGGACAUAGUUCCAAAUAAAUACAUUCAGAUACGACAACAACAAAAAAAAAUGUUUGAAAGCCCCGAAAAAAUAAUGAAACUGCUUGGAAAACUUCAGCUUACAAUUGAUUAUGAUAUUCACAUGUUUUUUUUACAUGCAUCGUUUAAAAGUAUAGUGUUCAUCAAGGUGUACAAAUUAUAAUGUGUGUCAAUGUUACGGAAAUAAAAAAAUUAAACAAGUGAACCUCUGGUCCAGGAACAUGCGGACCUCCGACUAUCCCAUCUGAUGGUUUACUGGUCGGCACGCCGAAAUCCGUCUACAACGAAGGCGAGAGAGUCCAGAUAAGGUGCUCGAAGGUCAAUUUUACCCAAGCCACCAACGUCAUGCUGUGCACCAGCAGUGGAUGGAGCACACUAACAAAGGCUUGCACAGGUGCUGUCCAGACAUCCUCAAUUCAUUAUGCACCAUUCCCCUACCGCAACGUUCCGUUGUUGUUGUUGUUGUUUUGUUUGUUUGUUUGUUUGUUUGCCCCACGAUUCUAAUUGAAAAAUAAUUAUAACUGAAUGUUAUCUUACUAGAAAAGAGAGCGAUCAACAGACUUUAAACAUAAGAUCUGAAAGCAAUACCUUUUUUUUUUUUUUUUUUUUGGUGUAUAUUUAACCUUUGCAUACCGCCGCUGUUAUGAACUUUAAAAACUUUUAUUUUCUAAAGGAAUUAUUUUUUUUUUUUUUUUUUUUUUUUUUUUUUUUUUUUUUUUUUUUUUUUUUUUUUUGGUGCAUAUUUAACCUUUGCAUACCGCAGCUGUGAUGAACUUUAAAAACUAUUAUAUCCUAAAGGAAUUCACACAUAUAUUAAAAUAAACCGCUCAUUUUGUCAAUUGUAUUAAAUCACGAAGACAGCUCUGCGCUUCUAUUUAAUCACAUCUCUUUUGUCAUUGACCUUGUGUGUGAUGCGGCUGCGGCUGAUGUGCCAUUCCUACCGUCUUUAAUUCUUUCCGUUAUCGUUAUUCUCUUUGUUUCUUUUAAUAUUUCUUUAAGAAAGAUAAAUUUAUUUUAAGUUAAGCUUCAAAUUUCAUAUGAUCGGGUCCUGUCACAUCUAAACAGCAGAAAUGUAUAUGUUGAAAGAAUGCAUUAUGUUGACCAUCUCCUGGCAGAGUGCCCCCUCGGCUGGGUGACCUACGGCGACCGAUGCUUCCAGUACUUUACCGACUACAAAACAUGGAACGCGUCCAGAGCCACCUGCACGAGUCUAGCAUCUUCUGGAACCCUCUUCCGUGUCAAGGAUCUGACUGAUCAGCAGAUGAUUAGGGACUACAAAGCUAAUGUUGGGAGCACGUGAGUGGGAGAUGAUUAAGCAACAUAUAAAAGCAUCGUUUUCCUCGAUAAUCCUUUAUAAUAUCUAGUGCUGAGCAAUGGGGUUGGGGCUGAAAAUUGGAAAAAAACAAAUAACUGCAUAUAAGUAAGGCAUUUUAUAAUAAUCCCAACUAGUGCCCCAGCCGCCCCCCCCCCCUUUUUAAACCCAAAGUGCUGCAACCACACUUUUUUUUCCACGCCUCUGAACUACAUUAAUAAUAUAAUGAUCAACCCGCUUUUACACCGCAAUGUUAUCUCACAACGAUUUCAGAGAAAAAAUGUGACUCAACAAACGCGCUUGCGAUUUAUUUAUGUAUUUAAGAAUCUCAUUUAACGCAGUCAUCGGGAAAUUCCUUUCUUGCUCCCUUUGAAAAACAGGAAAAACAUAUUUUGGUGAAUUGUGUUUUGGGGCUGAAAAUAUGUGCUGUCAUCAGCAACGAGUCUAUGCGCCAAGUUUCAGCACACAUUGUUGACGGAAAGUGAAUCAAUUAGCCGUUCGAAGAUUUUUUACCUGUCAGCCAGCCACCGACAAACAAAAGCGAAGUUAAUAUAAAGGAUUACAAAAAUUGUUUAAAAGCGCGCGAGUUUAAAAUAAAAAUUAAACAACAAUCUAAUAACAAAGAUUUGCACAUCAAUCUUUUAUUCGCAGUUGUGUUUGCAAUUAUGUAAUUAAUUGUACGUGGUUUUAUCAUUCAUUGAGAAGCGAUUAUGUAAAUGGGUAAACUUCUGAACAUUUGAUAAAUUCUGUUGUCAUCCGCAAAAAAGUUCAUGUGCCAAGUCUCAGCUCGAUAGUUUGACGGGAAGUGGGUCAGUUGGCCUUCCGAAGAUUUUUGGCUUCAACUAAGAAACACAAGAGCAAAAGCUAAUUUGCUUCAACAAUUAAUAACCAGUACCGCUGGGGGACCUCUUGGUGCGGACAACCGUUCUGGAAACAGACGGAUACAAACAAAUUAAAUUUUAAAAAAUUUUGCAAGUCUUGGGUGUAACAAUCGAUGUUUCCUCUUAGCUCAUGGCAACAAAAAGAAACUCCACGAUUUACGAUAUACUCAUACGUCAUAUCUCCACUCAAAUUACAGUCAUGUGACCAUUUUUAUUACCAGUCAUAUUGCAAUUCACAUUACCAGUCAUUCACAUUAGCAGUCAUAUUUCCAUUUUCAUUACCAGUAAUAUUUCCAUGCACAUAACCAAUCAUAUUUCCAUUCCCAUGACCAGUCAUAUUUCCAGUCGUAUUUCCAUUCACAUGACCAGUCAUAUUUUCAGUAAUAUAUUUUCAGUCAUAUUGCCAUGACCAAGAGUUCGUUUUUGGACUUGGAAACAUGAUUUUAACAAUCUGGUUUAAGAGAUGAUCUCUAGCUCUCAUUCUAAUUGGCAGAUUUAUGUUUCAACUCUUGUGUCGUUUUUGUUCCGCCCUUUGGGGGCUACUCAAUCUCAUUCUAAGUUGUAUCCUCUGGAUUUACUAACAUCGCCAAGUUACUUUCCCCUGGUCCCUCGUCUUACUUCUGACCAUGGUAUACGUUUUAACACACAGCAUCGCACACGGCAACUGGAUAAGUGGACGCCUGACCUCUACCACAGGUCCCUGGGUAUUCACUGAUUCAAGUAUCACGAUGACCUACUUCAACUGGACAUCCACUACCAGUAAGCUAGUUUGGUGUUUUCUUGUUCAAUUAUGUGAUUGCGGUGUUUUCUUAGUUAGGUAAGUUAUUGUGGUCUUUUCUAUGCAAGUAAGUUAUUGUGGUCUUUUCUAUGCAAGUAAGUUAUUGUGGUCUUUUCUAUGCAAGUAAGUUAUUGUGGUCUUUUCUAUGCAAGUAAGUCAUUGUCGUGUUUUCUACUUCAAGUAAGCUAUUAUGAUGUUUCUACUUCAAGUAAGUUAGUGUGGUAUUUUUUACUUCACAUAUAUUAUUGUGGUAUUUUCUACUACAUGUAAGCUAUUGGCGUAUUUUCAUCUACAAUUAAGCUAAUGUGAUAUGUUCAACUACUAGUUAGCUCUUGCCAAACAUGUUUUUACAAGAAAGCCUUUCUGAAAGCUCUUGCUAAACGUUCUUUUAAGUGUAAGCGAUUGUGAUACUGAAUACUACUAUGAUAUUUUACCUAAAACAUUACCGUCCUAUAAAUCUACUAUCCCGAAUGUUUUCAUUUCCUCUAGUCAAAAACAGCUUGUCCUACGACUGCAUCAAGCUCAUCGCCGAGUACGAGGCUGGCAACAAUCAGGGCGGCUGGAAGAGCAUGGACUGUGAGGGAACGCACGCCUGUCCUUACAUGUGUCAGAUUGACAGCAAUGGUGAGUGGUGGCCGCCGUUAAAUUGUUAAAAUAUUAUAAGUAGAAUGCGGUAGGAAGAUAUGAGGAACCCGAUGUUACACUCAUGUACGUCAGAGUUGAGUAAAAACUGUUUUAUUAAAAUGUCAUAAUUUAGUUCCUGGGCCCGCUGAUGCCAUUUCUUAAUGUAAUAUUUCAGUGACAAACAAUAUUCCUGUGUUUUUUUAAGCCAUGGUUACUGACAAAGUGUAAACUGUCACAUUGCGUGUACGUGGCAAGAGUAAGCAUAACGUCAGUAAAAAGUGAUAUUAUUUUUUUUUUAUAUCAAGACUGUCAAAAUAUUCAUGAAUAAUUAUGGAAUGUGGAGAUUUUUAAUUUUUCACUGUAUCUUAUGAAAGGUCUUCGUUAAUAAAUAAAAAAGGGAUGUGGGUGAUCCUUAGUUCAUAUUUCAAUUUGCCUUGUUGGAAUGGUCAUUUCAUGGGAUAUAUUAUUAUCACUAAGAACAAUAGAUUAUAAUACAGAACAUAAUAAUUUGUCAAAUUAAUUUUACUUCAAUGUUAUUAUUUCUUAAGUAAACAUCACUUAAAAACAUUGCUUUUCAUAUAAAUUCUUUAUCAAAUGUAAUAGCGAGCAAUGAGAGCUGGGGCAGAGAAUUUAAACAAAAUAUGCAUACAAAUAAUGCACUUUAUAAGAAUCUCGAUUGUUCCCCUUUAAGGCUAGCAACAACACAUUUUUCACGCCCCUGGACUAUAUUAAUAUUCUAAUGAGCCCCACAAUGCAGAACAAUUUUAGGAUAACAAAAGAAAAUAUUAAACACCAAACGUGUUUAUUGCACUUGCAAUGUUUAAAAAGAAAAGAAUCUCAUUUAGCGUAACUAUCUGAAAUUUAGUUUAUCUUCCCCUUGAAAAAGAGGAAAAAAGAUUUUUGGGGGUUGGGGCUGAAAAUUUGAAAUAAUGUGUUCUCAUCGGGAAAAAGUCCAUGUGCCAAGUUUCACCUCGAUAGGUUGACGGGAAGAGGGUCAAAAAGCCUUCCAAAAAUUUUGCCAGCCACCUACGAACCAAAGCAAAUUUACUGAAAAGGAUUUAAAUAGCAGCGAAGAUUAAGAAAUACGAUUAGAAUAAAUAUAUUAAGAUAAGUAUAAAGGUCCACGAGUAAUUGAACGAACCUGGGGUGGGGGGGGGGGGUUUCAUGGUGUUUUGGUCAAUUUGAUUAAGAUAGAUUAAGUGGAUUUCUUGGCUAAUAGUUGUACACCUCUCACAUAAAAGAUAUUUGUUCAAAUGUCUAUUCCAGGACUCUGUUCUAACAAGCUGAGCUUCUGUGACGCCCUUCUCGCUGCCUUCCCUACCUACUGCUUUCACGCCAAGACUGUCUCCGGUUCAGAUCUGUACUGUGCCAAGUCCUGCGGAGACUGCCCUGGUCAGUUCCAACACGAGCUCAACGACGUGACAUUAAUAAUACAUUCAUAAAUCACAUUAUAAGACAUGAAGUUAAAGAUUAGGCCACUAGACAAAGAACUAUAUUUUACACACUGGGUCGUCAGAUACAAAUGUAAAAAAAAAAUUUUAAAUUAACAUUUAUUACCAUGAGGUAACGAUUCAAAGUGACAUGUCAACCAGUAUUGUAUUUUUUUUAAUUACUUAAACAACUGUGUAUUUCCUUUAGAGCUAUCUCUCAAUAAUUAUUCUACUUUCCGAUCGCUCAGGCUCACCAUCCUGCUCUACACCCAGUAGCGCCAACUACACCAGGACAUCUGCCUCGGCCACCAUUAAACCCGGACAGGUCAUGACCUUUGACUGCAAACCUGGCUACUAUUACGCAUCCGGUGACAAGGCCAGGGCCUGCUCCUCCACUGGGAAUCUAUUGGGAUCAGAGCUCGUGUGCCUAGGUGAGUGACGCCAGUGUAGAAAAAAUAGUUCGGGUGAUGUCAACCUAGAAUGAUAUACAUAAUUUCGGUGCCAUCAGGCGAGAAAAAAAAAGAGUGUCAAAUGGUACUAAAUCAAUUGCAUGUGAAAUGUAAUUAGAGAGAUUAAGGGUAGGGACAAUGCUUCCCAAAAAAGGCAAGAUACAUUUUAAGCUCUCAGGAUACAUUUUUUUUUUAAAUAUUCAGAAAGGAAGGCAUUUCUAAGUCGUACUGUUAAAUUUCUAAAAUUGGUUUGUUCCAUAUAAUGUCUCUAUAUUUAAUAAAGUUAGAUAAUAUACAUAAUAUACAACAAUAAAUGUCAUUGAAAUUUUUUAAAUAUUGUUUUUUUAAAAUUCUUGUCUAACAGCUCAACCUUCAUCUGUUGAUGUCAACCUUAACUUUGUGAGGAAACGUCCGGAAGUCUUGCCUGCUAAACUCGCUUUGCUUUUGGAUAAAGCCGGCUAUAGGUCCUAUACUUGUUUAGUUUAUUUUUUUUUUUUAUUUUGCAACAAAAACUAAGAUAAAAUAGGUUUAUUUAUUACUGAAUUCAAUGCAGAUGCUACAGUUCUAACGCAUUGAUGUGUUUUAUAGCCCUUACUCUAUUAGAGGACCCCAGAUGCUUACCUGGGUGGGGGGGGAAGAUAUUAUUACUUAAAUGUACCACCCCGUCCCUUAUAGAAAAGUCGACCGUUGGCACUGCGAGAACAUUGUCCGGCUGACCGGAUGUUCCUGAGCCUGGGCGGCCCCCAUCGGUGUACCCGAUCGAGCGGAUGCGGGGGGGGGGGGGGGGGGGGGGGGGCUGUCCGGACAAAGAGAGAUCUCCAACGGGCCGCUUCGCGGCCUGAUAUAAAGGGCUGGGGGAUCCGAUAAUCGGGAUGGGUGAGAUGCUUUAAGGAAGGCCCACGAGCUUGGUGCGAGCUCGACGUACCGCUGACGUCAUAUCGUAAUUUAUCAUUUAUAGGCCCGAUUAUAUAAAGACUUUAUACCAAAAUUAGUGAAUGAAAUAGGAAUUUUAGAUUAACCACCACUUCCUCUACAUUUGUAAAUUUAAAGGAUUAUAUGUUUUGAAGUAUGAUGUUUAUUCUCUUUCUUUUUUUAACAGGAUUGUCAUCAUGAUCUGGUUUUUUUUUUAAUUUUUGUAAAAUGUUUCAGGGUUCCAUUCUCUGGUAAAAUCAGUACCUGGUACUACUACAGCAGGACACCUGGUAAUUUGAACUUCUUGGUGUAUAGGAACAACGGGUAGGACAACUUAAUUCUUGAAUUAAUUAUUAUUUAAAUCUGUUGGGAUUUUUUUUUAAAAUCAGAAACCAAAGAGAUUAGUGAGAUGGUAAGUUAUAAAUUAACCUUAUUUGGCAGCUCCCAAAGUCUAAUGUAUAAAUCUCAUUGGGCAAUAUUUGUGAAUGGGUCGAUCAAAUAAUUAAUCGCAACGAAAUUUAGAGAAGCAAAAGAAAUUUUACGCACCAAACGCACUUGGAAUUUAAAAGUCAUUCCUCCUGACCUGCAGAUGGUUGCUGGAAAAUUUGGUCGAAAUCCCCUGAUCUCAAAAGCUGUGAUUUAAAAGAUUAUCUUAAUUUAAAUGUAAAGGAUUAAAGAGGGCAAAAUAUUUUGUUUUGUUUUUUGAAUGGCUUCGAGGGACCGUCAAGUUAAAUUAUUUAUUGUUGUUCGCAUUUUGAAUAAGCCUUUUAUUGAGAAUGUUAAUCUAUUUAUUAAUUAAGGUUUUCUGUGAUCUUUUAUUUGGUUCACGGAUUUUACAUUACAUUUUAUUCUAUGUGCUUCCAAUAAACGGAACAUUAGAAUGAUCACAUAGUUUAGGUUCGUGCAUAAAGAGAUGUUUGGUUUAACUAUCGGUUUUCUGUCAUGGGUGUCCUUUUAAACGAUUUACAUUACCAACUUUAUAUGGUUGAUGUGUGUGUGUGUGUGGCGGGGCGAAUCGUACGUUUUGAAUUUAGCCCCCAAUUCAGCAUUAAAUAAAGCUACGCCCCUGAACCGUUGAGUGCAUUGAAUAAGUAUGAAAUGUCUCAAAGGCGUUAUUUGUUACACACCAAACAAACACAGUCCAUCGCAGGUAGAUCAAUUUUUUUUAAUGCAUUUUUUUUUACAUGUUGUACAAUCAGAAAAAAGAUUCGUAAAUGCUAACAAAAAAUAACUUUGGCUAGAUGGUUUUCCUGAGGUUAGAUAUUGACACGCUAAUCUUAAAGUUUCAAACCUGGGUUCUGAAUUAAUGUCUCGAGGGUAAUAGUGUCACCCUACGAGAUGGGAUAUGUUUAAUAUGAGCUGCUGGCAAAACAAGAAAGGACCACAUUCAGAACCAGGAGAAGGAGACACAAUUUUUGGUGUCACCCCAAUCAGCCUGUAUAUGGCUCAACAACAAACUAAUUGGUUUUGGGCAAAUGGUCAGCGUUUCCUUUCGAUAAACAUGCAUGGCAGUCAUACAAUAGCAGACAUUCCUUUUUCAGGAAUCUUGGUUGAAAAAGGAUCGUCCUCAAAAUUCAAAAUUUACAAAAAGUGAAAUAAACCUUCCUUUUAUGGAGAGAGAAAUUAUAUUUGCAUAGCUCCUUUUUGCGAAGGGGUUUCGACUACGAGUUGGCUUAUAAUGAAUACUAAUACCAACAUGAGAAAAGCCGGGUAAUUUGGCUAGUACUAAAUAAUUUUCAGUACAAAGAUAAGACGUUUUAGGACCUCCAUAACUUGGCAUUCUGUUGGGUUUUGUUUUUUUGGUACUCUUUCAUUAAAAUGCGAUAAUUACCAUAGGUAGUGAUCCUAAUAAAAAGUUGAGAGGUAUAGUUUAUAAAAGGUAUAGUAACCAAAAAAUUAAACUUCAAUUAUUUUAUCAUGCCCCUAAUUUCAAUAGCUAUGUUGGCACUCAUUCUAUCAAUAAACAUUUAUCGUAAAUUCUCUGGUAAAUACAUUUCCAUAAAAAUUCCAACAACGCACAUUUUCUGUCACAGCACUGCCUACAACUACGUUGGCGCAAACUCCAUCACUUCUGACGCUGACUACAGAUGGGGCUGGAAAGUUCCGGCAGCCAAUCAGAUCACAGUGCAGGCCAACGACAUCGUCGGUGUCUACUCGACCGCCGCCAACAUCCUGUCCGUGACGGACUGUAACGGUGCCAUGGAACUCAUCUGUGUUUACCCCACGGCCUCCGCCAACACCCUGGCUGAGCUACCAACUAAAAGCUACUCGACCACCAGCUGCUUGUGUCCAUCUCUAGGAUUCCGGGUCGAUCCAGGUAACUCA